CCCGGAAUUUGGGAUAUUUUCCUUCAUAUGGCAACACUAGUACAAGUUGCGAGUGUCAAAAUGGUCUUGCUUAGCAAUGAAGAGUUUAUGUCACAGCUGAUGCUCCUGGCGCAAAAAUCCAAGGAAAGAUCUUCAUUUACUGUGACUUUCAAACGCUAUGAUGGUAAUGACAGACCACAGCCCCGGGAGGGACGACCAAAACUGCCAGAACCUGAAGAAUAUAUGUGCAUAAUACGGGCAAAAUCAAAAAACAAGAAGCUUUCGACAGUUGUAAAGCGGAGUGAUGUACCUAGGGUAAUGGAAAACUAUGCCAGAGUCAUGAAAAUCUGCAUGGAUGGAUUGAAGAGGGUGAAAAAAGUGAAAACUAAAGCGAAGGCGGCACAGGGAUAAUGAAGUUUUUGGUUUUUUCUGCGACAUUUAUUUUAUAAACUCUUUUAUAUCUGCCAGAUAUAUUGCAAAUAAUGAGGAUUAUUUAAGGAAAUACAUUAUUAAUGGAGUAAAAGGUA